CGAUUUUAAUUGCCUAAUUUAUGAUAGCACUCAGAUUAUGAGUUCCCAAAUAAUGUUAGGUGCAAUGAAGAAAAUCUACAAGAAUUGAUUUGAUGUGAUCAUAAAGGUGUACUUGAUUUUAUGGGAAUCUCUAAUGAAACAACAAUACAAUACUAUAGUGAGCAUUGCUUAUCCCAUAAUGUGAUGAUACAACAAAGCGAGAAGCAUGAAAAAUGAGGAACCCAACAAAAUUAAAUGCAAAAAUUGUUUUUGGAAUUUGAAAUAGAGAGAGGGAGAAAGAAAGAAGACGUAGCCAAAGGUUAAAAAGGGACUCUCUCUGCGCCUCCUUUUUGCUUCUCUCUCCUUCGUUGUGCUGUGCUCUCUGUCAUUCUCUCUCUUCCCUUACUCCAUUUUUUACUUCGCCAUUGGAGAAAGAGAAAUCACUUUAAAAUACUCAUUCAACUACUGCUACUACUUCUCUCUUCUCCUUAAGAUUUUCUUCUUUUCUAAGGGAACAACGACGUUUCGAUUUAGAUAUUUUUUUUACUGUUCCUUAAAAACUUCUCCUUUCAGUUACCAAAUCCUGUUCAACCCAUUUCAUCUCUCUUCACCAAUUUUGAAUUCUUCGGGAGCAGAGGAAGCAGGCGGAGUAUUAUUGGCGUUUUGGGUUUUUUUUAUUGGAAGACAAAGUUCAGCCCUUUUGCUGAUUUCAGAUUGGGUCAGCGGAGAUCUUGAGAAAGCUUUGUUCUUUCUUGGAUUUUUUUUUUUCUGUCUGGUUGAGAGUUGGAAUUUGAAUGUGCUCCAUUGCAAGGGUUUCGUUUCCGCCAUGAAUACCAAGCGAGCCUACAAGCUGCAGGAGUUUGUGGCACAUACUGCUGCUGUCAACUGUCUCAAGAUCGGAAGGAAAUCAUCUAGAGUUUUGGUAACAGGUGGGGAAGAUCACAAGGUCAAUCUCUGGGCUAUCGGUAAGCCCAACGCCAUUCUGAGCUUGUAUGGGCACUCGAGCGGGAUUGAUUCAGUGACCUUUGAUGCUUCGGAGGUCUUAGUUGCAGCAGGAGCUGCUAGUGGUACGAUCAAACUCUGGGAUUUGGAGGAGGCAAAGACAGGCGUUGUCUUUUUAAGCGGUGAGGAGAAUUUGCGAGUGUGGGAUUUAACAGCUGGAAAACUGUUGACCGAGUUUAAGUGUCAUGAAGGGCAAAUUCAAAGCCUAGAUUUCCAUCCUCAUGAAUUUCUGCUGGCAACAGGUUCAGCUGAUAGGACUGUAAAAUUCUGGGAUCUUGAAACAUUCGAGCUAAUUGGUUCUGGUGGACCUGAGACUGCUGGGGUCCGUUGCCUGAGCUUUAAUCCAGAUGGAAAGACGGUGCUUUGUGGAUUGCAAGAAAGUCUCAAGAUUUUCUCGUGGGAGCCAAUUAGAUGUCAUGAUGGAGUGGAUGUUGGAUGGUCAAGAUUGUCGGAUAUGAAUGUUCACGAGGGAAAGCUUCUUGGUUGCUCAUACAAUCAAAGUUGCGUUGGCGUGUGGGUUGUAGAUCUCUCGCGUACUGAGCCAGGCAUGGCUGGUGGCGCUGCUCAGUCAAAUGGUCAUUCAGAGAAAAAAUCUGGCUCAGGAAGAGAUCCAGUAGUUCUCAAUGAUAAUAACACAAAAACUAUUCUCGGGAAGCUGUCCGUUUCCCAGAACAUAGAUCCUUUAUUGAAAGAAACAAAGUCUCUCGGACGAUUAUCUGUUUCUCAGAACUCUGAUCCUUCGACGAAAGAAAAAAAGUCCACAGGAAGGUCAUCAACAUCCCAAAAUUCAGAUUCUUUGGUCAAGGAAUCAAAGCCUCUCGGAAGGUUGUCAGUUUCUCAAAAUUCAGAUGUUACUAAAGAGUCAAGGACGCUGUCAUCCACGGGAAGUGUACCAAGCACUCCUCAUAGGGUCAGUUUAACCAGCGUUUCAAAAGCCGCCUCGGGUGUUUCGACGGCUGUCUCUAAUGCUGCACCAUCAAGGAGGAGUUUUACAAAAGCUAACCCAAAGGCGAAUCCUGUCAAUAAGACAUCAGAUUUUGUUGCGGUGAUUGUCCCCAGAGAAGACCCUAGAAUAGAGCAGGCAACUGAAUCCAGAGCAGAACUUGACAUAAUUGCAAGAACCAUGCCUUAUUCGUUGCAGGCGGCUGACUCUCGAAGGUCGCCUAGCAGCAGAAAUAACCCAGAUCUGCCAAACGCUUCGGUUCUUGAAACCUCAGAGUCUCAGCCAGUUGAACCAAGUAAUAUCCCAGGUGGGAAUACGUUUCCUGGUAGCAAGGGGGGCAUGCGGGGUGCAGCUGAGCGAAGCAUCAAUGAUUUUAGAUACAAGAGAUAUGGCAGGAGUAAUUCAAGGUCACGGAUGGGAUCACCUUCAAGAAACCACGAUGAAAACUUGGCAUAUAGGGUUAAUAGUAAUGGUGGUCUUACUCCACUGAGAAACCUGCAAAUGUGGUCUUACUCCACUGAGAAACCUGCAAAUGUGGUGCUUUUAGAUGACAUGGUUAGCCACAAAUCAAAUAGAGAUCCAAGUCCCACUGAAAGUCAGAAAGGAGGAAGAUUCCAGUCACUCAUCAUAAAUAGGGAGAGAAGAGGAAGAUUUUCCAACUUGGAAGGUCCUGUUUCGAAUUUUCCGGCUGGAAAUGUGCCUGCUGCUAACAUCCGGCCUUCAAAUAUGUUCAAGCAGAGAGGAAACCAUAUGCCGGUUGAACAAGGGAUCGAUUCUCCUUCUGAAGAUAAUAUCGUUGAAGACAUAAUGGGGAAGCACGAUCAAUUUGUCAGCUCUAUGCAGUCUCGUUUGGCUAAAUUACAGGUAAUUCGUAGAUAUUGGGAAAGGAAUGAUGUAAAAAACACGAUAGGUUCGAUGGAGAAGAUGGCUGAUAAUGCUGUUACUGCGGAUGUACUGGGUAUAAUAACCGAGAGAAAUGAGAUUCUGACUUUGGAUACUUGUACCUCCCUUCUUCCCAUUCUAACAGCUCUUCUAGGGAGUGACAUGGAUCAGCAUUUGAGCGUUUCCCUGGAAUUGCUGCUGAAGCUGGUUAGAAUGUACGGGUCACCAAUUUACUCAUCACUGUCAGCUCCAGCAUCUGUUGGUGUAGAUAUCGAAGCUGAGCAAAGGAUCGAGCGCUACAGUCGUUGCUUUGUGGAACUAGAGAAAGUCAAAGCCUGCCUUCCGUCUCUAUCAAGAAGAGGAGGUUUGGUGGCCAAGUCUGUGCUUGAACUCAACCUAGCAUUUCAGGAAGUAUCAUCAUAAUCACUCCGAAUCUUUACGACCCAGAAAAAAGCGCAGAGUAAAGGCUCAUGGAAGAAAGAACCCGCAUCGUCCCAAGUCCCAACCCUCUGCUUUUUUAUAAUGUGGAUUUGGUUCCAAAGGGAGUCUAACAAAAACUAAAGCUGAUACUUACCAAGUUAACCAAAAGAGUUUGGAAGGCUAAAGUCCCACCCUGAGUUAGCUGCUUCUGUUCAUUUCAUGACUUUUGUGUCACCCACUAAUCUUCGUGGAAGCAAAAAUGUCUGCAUUGCUCUAACUUUAGUGUGUAGAGAGAGCCAUAUGGGCCGUGUAUUGUUCUUCUAGCUUAGUCUUACAUGAAUACUACUUGAGUUUCAGCUCUUUAGAGAGAGACAUGUUCACAGUGUUGUCUUUACACAGCAAUAGAAUUUUUCGUGGUUUUUAUUGGAUUUCAUCUCCCAGCUUCAAUCUUAUGCUCUACUUUCUUCAUUUAUGAGCCAACGAGCCGGUUGUGACUGAGC